AUGCGCGAAAUGAUCUUCAUGAACAAUCAAUUCUCCGGCCCUGAACUACACAUAGAUCGGUUCGUUUUACACAACUACAUGCCAUCCAAUACCACCAUACAAUUCCACGGUGUUGAGCAGCGGAAUACUCCAUGGUCUGACGGUGUUCCUGGUCCUACCCAAAAGCCGAUCCAGCCAGGACGUAGCUGGACAUACCGUCUGAUCGCAUACCAGUACGGCACUUACUGGUAUCAUGCCCAUGCUCGGGGUGACGUGUCCGAUGAUCUCUAUGGGCCCAUUAAGAUCAAUCCUGGUCCUGAUGUGCCUCAACCCUUCCAUCUUAUCUCGAACAAUAUGCAGGAUAUUGAAGCAAUGCAGAAAGCGGAGAAAAACCCCUAA